AGCGGCGCGGCGCUGGGUGCUGGCGGGCUUCGGGGAGACUCCGUGCGGACACGGCCCGCGUCGGGUCGGGGGCUCGCCGCCUGCAGCCAUGACCCUCGCAUUCUGUCCCUCGGCUCUGGCCCUGGAAGUCUAAUAUCCCACACAGUUGCGCGCAGCUGCUGGAAAGCCGCCGCUGCCCCCUCAUCGCCCUUGGAACCGUAUCACACUCUGCCCAGGAGCUGGGAGCAGCGCGGGCAGUCAGCGCCCGGGUGCAAACUGGGGGUGUCUGCUGGAGCAGCCCCCGCCGCCGCCACCGCCGCUGCUGCCCUAGGCUCUGGCCAUGGCCUGGCGGGGCGCAGGGCCGAGCGUCCUGGGGGCGCCCGGGGGCGUCAGUCUCAGUCUGCGGCUGCUGCUGCUGUUGCCGCUGCUCCUGGGGUCGGCUUGGGGCUUCGGGGACGAGGAAGAGCGGCGCUGCGACCCCAUCCGCAUCUCCAUGUGCCAGAACCUGGGCUACAACGUGACCAAGAUGCCCAACCUGGUUGGGCACGAGCUGCAGACGGACGCCGAGCUGCAGCUGACAACUUUCACGCCGCUCAUCCAGUACGGCUGCUCCAGCCAGCUGCAGUUCUUCCUUUGUUCUGUGUAUGUGCCAAUGUGCACAGAGAAGAUCAACAUCCCCAUUGGCCCAUGCGGUGGCAUGUGUCUUUCGGUCAAGAGACGCUGUGAACCUGUCCUAAAGGAAUUUGGAUUUGCCUGGCCGGAGAGCCUGAACUGCAGCAAAUUCCCACCACAGAAUGACCACAACCACAUGUGCAUGGAAGGGCCAGGUGACGAGGAAGUGCCCUUACCUCACAAAACCCCCAUCCAGCCUGGGGAAGAAUGCCAUUCCGUGGGAACCAAUUCCGAUCAGUACAUCUGGGUGAAAAGGAGCCUGAACUGCGUUCUCAAGUGUGGCUACGACGCUGGCUUAUACAGCCGCUCGGCCAAGGAGUUCACCGAUAUCUGGAUGGCCGUGUGGGCCAGCCUGUGCUUCAUCUCCACCGCCUUCACAGUGCUGACCUUCCUGAUCGAUUCUUCCCGGUUUUCCUACCCUGAGCGCCCCAUCAUAUUUCUCAGUAUGUGCUAUAAUAUUUAUAGCAUUGCUUAUAUUGUCAGGCUGACUGUAGGCCGGGAAAGGAUAUCCUGCGAUUUUGAAGAGGCAGCAGAACCUGUUCUGAUUCAAGAAGGACUUAAGAACACAGGAUGUGCAAUCAUUUUCUUGCUGAUGUACUUUUUUGGAAUGGCCAGUUCCAUCUGGUGGGUUAUUCUGACACUCACUUGGUUUUUGGCAGCGGGACUCAAAUGGGGUCAUGAAGCCAUCGAAAUGCACAGCUCUUAUUUCCACAUUGCAGCCUGGGCCAUCCCCGCAGUGAAAACCAUUGUCAUCUUGAUUAUGAGAUUAGUAGAUGCGGACGAACUCACCGGUCUGUGCUAUGUCGGGAACCAAAACCUUGAUGCCCUCACGGGCUUUGUGGUGGCUCCCCUCUUCACCUACUUGGUGAUCGGAACUUUGUUCAUCGCUGCAGGUUUGGUGGCAUUGUUCAAAAUUCGGUCAAAUCUUCAAAAGGAUGGGACAAAGACAGACAAGUUGGAAAGACUGAUGGUCAAGAUUGGAGUCUUUUCAGUGCUGUACACGGUCCCUGCCACCUGUGUAAUUGCCUGUUAUUUCUAUGAAAUCUCCAACUGGGCGCUCUUCCGGUAUUCUGCAGAUGACUCCAAUAUGGCAGUUGAAAUGUUGAAAAUUUUUAUGUCUUUGCUGGUGGGCAUCACUUCAGGCAUGUGGAUUUGGUCUGCCAAAACUCUUCACACGUGGCAAAAGUGUUCCAACAGAUUGGUGAAUUCUGGGAAGGUAAAGAGAGAAAAGAGAGGGAAUGGUUGGGUAAAGCCUGGGAAAGGCAAUGAAACUGUGGUAUAAAGCUAGCCAGCCUUCACGCUUUCCAAAUUUUGAAGGGGGAAAUGCCAGCAUUUUGAUGCAAAUGCUACUAAAAGUUUCUUGCAGCGAAUCUCAGUUUGAACAAACUAGCCGCACAGUUAAGUGACCCCCAUAACCUGCCACGACUCCCCUCUUUCCCCCAGCGUCAUAAAACUAAUGAUUUUGCUUCAGACUUUGGAAUGAUCCAAAAUGGAAAAGCCAGUUAGAGGCUUUCAAAGCUGUGAAAAAUCAUAACAUUGAUCACUUUAGCAGGUCGCAGCUUGGAGCGUGGAGGUCCUGCCUAGAUUCCAGGAGGUCCAGGGCGGUGCUGCUUUUCCCUGCAGGGUGGGAUUUGAGCUGUGAGUAGGUAACUUGCAGGGAGAAAGAUUAACUUUUUUAACCCUUUAAAAAUUUAAAUACUAACUGGGUCUUUCAGAUAGCAAAGCAAUCUAUAAACACUGGAAAUGCUGGGUUCAGAGAAGUGUUACAAGAGUUUUAUAGUUUGGCUGAUCUAACAUAAACAUUUUUCUGUGGUGCACUGUCUGCUGUUUAGAACUUGUGGAUUGCUCUCCCAAGAGCUGGUGUCAGAAUCUUUCAGUGCCUUUGUCAUAAAACAGAAUUGUUUGAACAAACAAAAGUACUGUACAAACACACAUAAGGUAUCCAGUGGAUUUUUCUUCUCUCUCUUCUUAAAUUUCAGUCUGUUCAAGCUGCUGCUGCUUUUUUCAUUUUACAUUAAUGACUCAAAAUAGGUAUUUUUAUAGGAAUUUUUGCACUGCAGCAUGCCUAAUGAGGGGGAAAAGGACGGGUGAUUCACUUUCUGACAAUCACUUAAUUCAGAGGAAAAUGAGAUUUACCAAGUCGACUUACCUUACCGACCCCAGAGACCUGUUGCAUUGAGCAAUGGGGACUUAAUAUAUUUUACUUUGUGUGAUUGCAUCUAUGCAGACGCCAGUCUGGAAGAGCUAAAAUGUUAAAUUUCUUGGCAACUUUGCAUUCACACAGAUUAACUAUGUAAUUUGUGUGUGUCAAUUACAAUUAAAAGCACAUUCUUGGACCAUGACAUAAUAGUAUACUCAACUGACUUUCAAACUGUGGUCAACUUGCAUUCUCAGAAUGAUAGUGUCUUUUUUUUUUCUUUUAGUAUAAGAAUGUUAUCAGAAGAGUCUGGUCUACUUACCACAGUGGAGACUUUUUCAAUUUUGUAGAGGGAACUAAGGACAGCUAAUCCAACUACUUGGUGCAUAAUUGUUUCCCAGUAAUUGGCAAAGGCUCCUUAUAAGAUUUCAUUGGAGGCAGUGUGGCCUGGAGUAUUUAUAUGGUGCUUAAUGAAUCUCCAGAAUGUCAGCCAGGAGCUGAUUGGUUAGAAGGGAAUAAAGUGUAGACCAUAUGAAAUGAACUGCAAACUCUAACAGCACAAGUCUUAAUUGCCUUUUGCGGAGGUAUCCAGAGCUUUUAAAAUUUAUGCUUUAUGUUCCUUACAAGGGGGUACCCCCUAGCAGCCUCUCAAAAGUUGCAGUUCUUUUAAAAUUGUAACUGGCCUUUCUCUUAACCCGCCUCAGGCCUUCUAAUCACCAGAUCUCUGGGACAAAUUGUUGACACUGUCACAGGUUGCUCUCCUUGUAACUCAUACCUGUCUUUGCUUCAGCAACUACUUUGCCAUGACUCAUUUACUUAUUUAUUCAUGCCCUCCCUUUUUUCAAGCAGUAGGAAAGCUCUUUUAUCAUAUUUCUUAAUGGAAAACCAUCUCUAGGGACUCAAAAUUCCAAAUAGGUGGUCAGAUUCUGGAAAUAAGCAUGACUUUUUGUUUGUUUGUUUGUUUGUUUGAGCUUGCCUAUGGUUUGACAUUUUCCUUCCUUCUUCCCUCUGUUUUUGUGUGGCUCUUGAGCUGUCUGAGCUGAAGAUGCAUGUAAGGUCUGUUGCAUAUUCUGGCUUUGGAGACAGAUGCUAAGUGGGCAUGGGGGUGGGGGUGGGCCCUGCUGUGUGUCCCAGGCCUGAGUACCUUGGCUGGCCUCUGGGUCAGGGCUUCAGGAGCAUGAGAAAGGAUCCCCAGAAGGACCAGUUGAACUCCAUCUGAGACUACAUUGUCUAUGAAAUGUACAAUGUGAACUCCCCGUGCUGCUUGCGGACAGUUCCCAUAGCUGGCCAGGCCCGUGGAGCAUGCACCCGGGGGCAGAGCCUGCCCUUACUCACGCUCCACUCUAGUGUCUUGGGAGUUAUGCAGAGACGCUGGCCCAAGCAAGGGAAGAAGGGCUGUGCAGCCGGGCACUGGCCCUGCUGUUAGAGUGCAAGGGUUUGUAAUGCAGUUUUCUUUGUCACGUGGCAGUGGUUCUAUGACCAAGGCAGCACCUAGCAGAGGGCCAGACACAGUAGGUGCUCGAUAUUUGUGAAUGAUGAAAGAGUACUUGAGCGAACCUGGACACAGCAUUCUGGAGCUAGUGCCCUGAUAACUUUCUGGGUUUUACCAUCUCUCGAACAAAUCUUUUGCCUUCGCAGGAGGAAGUAUAUUUGAUCAGAAGGCUGGAUUAGUAGCCUUAGCAGUGUCACAGGGUUGUAGGCCUUUCCUUUCACAUUCCAGACAAUGGAGAGUGUUUAUAGUUCCAGGAAAGGAGCUUGUGGCGAGGAGUCAGUUACCAAUUACCUUGAAGUGACUUCAUCGCCUCGAAAGUUGGUUUUGUUAAAAAAAAGAAAAAAUAAAAGGGUCAAUUAUCAGCACAUGUAUUGAGUGCCCACUGUGUGUAAAGCUCUGUGUUAGGUACCUUAGGGGAUGUCACAACGGAGAAUAAGCUCUGUUCUUCUAACUGACCUAGACUGGCGGGGGCUCCUGGGUCUGCUGAACUUCGCUGUUGAUUUUGGGAAGAUACACGGGU